CGCAAUUUCGUUCUUUAUUCUUUCACAGAAUACCGGUAUCCAGCUAAUGCCAGAUGCAAAAAGGAAACUAUUGCGAACUUUUUUAUCUCUUUCCCUACAACUUCAAUGGAAAUUAGAUGUUAUAGCGAAUAAUACAAUCUGGAGCUGUAGCUGGCAUGGCUGUGGACAUUUCUCUUUUUCCUUUGGAUACUAUCAAGACUCGAUUACAAAGCUCACAAGGAUUCUGGAAAGCUGGUGGCUUACGAAAUAUCUACUCUGGAAUUGGAUCUGUUGUUGUUGGAUCUUCCCCUGGAGCUGCUGUCUUUUUCUGUACAUAUGAGAUGGUUAAAUCAUUAUCCUGUCAGUCCAUUUUUAGUGAUUAUCAAACGUUUGUGCAUAUGUUUGCUGCUUCAUGUGGGGAAGUGGCAUCAUGUAUCGUUCGAGUUCCUACAGAAGUAGUAAAGCAAAGAGUGCAAGCAAAUUCAAAGCUUUCUAGUUGGAGACUGUUACAAGCAACAAUAAGAUCUGAGGGUCUUCAAGGAAUGUACAGAGGUUAUUUCAGCACCAUUUUCCGUGAGAUACCAUUUUCCUUGAUUCAGUUUCCUAUAUGGGAAUAUCUUAAGAAUAGGUGGUCUAACAGACAAGGUUUUUACGUAAAGCCAUGGCAGUCUUCCAUUUGUGGUGCAGUAGCUGGUUCCAUUGCAGCAGCUAUCACAACUCCUCUUGAUGUUGCUAAAACAAGAAUAAUGCUUGCUCAGAAAGGUACUAUGGCAUCUGAAGGUUAUAUUAUACCUGUACUCAGGGAUGUAUGGAGAGAAAAAGGAUUUCAUGGUUUAUUUGCUGGUGCAGUUCCACGUGUAUUGUGGAUAUCAUUAGGAGGCGCUAUUUUCCUUGGAUCAUAUGAAAAAUCAAAAGAAGUUUUAAUUCAAUGUCUAAUCACAUAACAGAUAUAUUACUUCAUUGAUCUGUAUGAAAGUAAUUACGUUGAAUCAUUAUUUAUUAAAAUUGUGUGAUUUGUAAUCAGAUAUUAUGUACUGAUAUUUAAAUAUCAUUAGAGGUAUAUAAUGCACUAUCUCACAUAGAAAAUGCAGCACAAUAAAAGAAUUAGUAGAAUGUGAUGAAAAUUAGCACAAUAUUAUGUAUAUAAAUAAAUUUUAAUUUAAAACAGAUAAUUCAAUAUAAUGAUCGACUAUCAUUGCAUUGUAUUACUAUUUUGAAGAUGCAGUGAUCAGCAGGAAGUAGGACAUUUGUUGCUGUAAUAUAAAAAGCAACUCUUUGAGAUACAGCUGAAAUUAACAUGCGGAUAUUACCCUGAGAGAUGGAUGACCAUAUGCUUUCAGUUUUCUCUAUUGUCCUUCUAUUUGCAUAGGGAAGAUCAAACAAAGGAAAGCCAAUCAUGUCCCACAAAUGUUUGAUUGAUGUGAAACCAAGGAAUUCUCAACUACUCGUGUCUUCUGACAUGAAAGUCAUCUUGAAAUAUGUGUUUCCAGACAGAGUAAUGACAGAGUUCUGUCAUCUGAUUCUUGUUCCAACUCUUGACUCAUCUGACAUUUGCUUCUGUUUUAUCUUGCUAAUUAACCAUUGCUAACUUGUAUUUUUUAUUAUUUAUUAAAUCAUUUUUGUGUAUAUUCCCUACAAUUUACAUUAUGGUGUUGCAUUUCUUGUGUCAGGGAAAUAGAAGCAUAAGUAAUAAUAAAUUAUUUAUGAUAUUUAUAUAUAGAAAAUUAAGCUUAAUAUAUUUUCAAUAAAUUGGAUAAUCAGAUGUA